AUGUCAUCUGCUGCUCAAUAUGUGCCUCUUCCCCAAGGCGCCGGCUAUGCCGUCGUUGUUGGUCUUGGUUUCUUGUUUUCCGCUGGUAUGGUGGCUACAACAUACUGUCUUAAGCGUUACAACAAAGAGAUCAUGACUGCUGAAGAGUUUUCUACCGCUGGUAGGUCUGUGAAGCCAUUCCUUCUUUCGGCAGCGGUGGUAUCAUCGUGGACGUGGGCAGCGACUCUAUUAACGUCUACAACCCAAGUGUACAAUAACGGUGUCUCGGGCGGUAUGUUCUAUGCUUGUGGUGCUACAGUUCAAAUUAUUUUGUUCUCUUGUUUGGCUAUUAAGGGCAAGGAGCGGGCUCCUUGUGCUCACACCUAUUUGGAAAUUGUCAAGGCUCGUUACGGCAAGUGGACCCACAGUGUGAUGUCCUUUUGGGGUUUCGCUACUAACGUGCUCGUCACGGCUAUGUUGCUCACUGGUGGGUCUGCCGUGGUUAACGAUUUGACUGGCAUGAACGUCGUUGCCGGCUGUUUGCUUUUGCCAUUGGGUGUGGUGAUUUACACAAUGUUUGGUGGACUUAAGGCUACAUUCCUUACUGACUACGCCCACACUGUUGCAGUGUUGGUGAUUUUGUUGGUUUUCGCCUUCAACACUUUUGCCGUUUCAGACAAGUUGGGAUCUCCAGGUAUUGUCUGGGAAAAGAUUACUGAGCUCGCAUUCACUAAGCCUAGAGAAGGUAACCAGGACGGCUCCUACUUGACCAUUCAUUCUCGUUCGGGUGGUAUUUUUUUCGUCAUCAACCUUGUUGGUAACUUUGGUACCGUCUUCUUGGACAACGGUUACUUCAACAAAGCCUUCGCCUCGGACCCAGCAGCUACCAUGCCUGGAUACGUGAUGGGUGGUCUUGCUUGGUUUGCCAUCCCAAUGUUCUGCUCUACCACUUUGGGCCUUACUGCCCUUGCUUUGGAAGACACCCCUUACUGGCCUUCAUACCCUAACAAGAUGACCAGUGCUGAAGUCACAGCUGGAUUGGUUUUGCCCAAUGCCGCCACCGCCCUCUUGGGUAAGUCCGGUGCUGUCAUGUCGCUCAUUUUGACCUUCUUGGCGGUCACCUCCUCCAUGUCCUCCGAGCUCAUUGCCGUUUCAACAAUCUUCACUUACGAUUUCUACCGUAAGAAGUUGAUGUUUGUGUCGCAUGCCUCGCUUUGUGUGUUUGCCUACGUCAUGGCCGGCUUUGCCAUUGGCUUGUACUACGCUGGUAUCUCGAUGGGAUACUUGUAUGAGUUGAUGGGUAUCAUUAUCGGCGGUGCUGUGCUUCCUUCUACAAUGACGCUUUUCUCUAAGCGCCAGAAUUGGGCUGCAGCUACCUUCACACCACCAAUUGCCACGGGCUUGGCUAUCAUGGCCUGGUUGGUUACUACAAAGACCAAGUUUGGUGAGAUCAACGUGGACAACACCUUUGAGGACGACUCUAUGUUGACAGGUAAUGUUGUGGCCUUGUGCUCUCCCUUGAUCAUCAUCCCAAUUCUUACGCUUGUAUUCAAGCCACAGAACUUCGACUGGAAUCUUUUGAAGCUUAUUUCUCGUGUCGACGAGACCGAGGAGCUUCUUGAAGCCGAGUCGCCUUUGCAAGUUGAUCUUGAGAAGCUGUCUGACGGCGGAAUGUACCCAGUCAAGUCUCAGAUCACCAUCACCGCUCAUGAAAUCGCCCUUUUGAAAGCAGAAGAAUUCGCCGAGGAAUCUCAGAGACUCAAUAAGGCAUUCAAGAAAGGCGCAUGUGUCUGUGUGUUCUUGGCCCUCUCGUUGAUCAUCUUGUGGCCUAUGCCAAUGUACGGAUCUGGCUACAUUUUCAGCAGGCAAUUUUUCACUGGGUGGAUUGUGGUUCUUUUCAUCUGGACAUUCAUUACCUGUUUUAUUGUCAUUAUUGGUCCAGUGUGGGAGGGACGCUACGGCAUUGCUUACACUUUCAGAGGUAUUUACUGGGACUUGACUGGUCAGACAUGGAAAUUGAGACAGUGGCAGAACGACAACCCGGAGCAGAUGCAUGCUGUGAGAAGUCAGGUUUCUGCCGAGUUGGCCAAAAUCAAUACUAUCCAAGGAGUGAACCAUGACGGCGGCUACAUCACGCCGCACAAUAUCGACGAGGAGCUCGAGGAAAAGAAGUAA